AUGACCAAGGGCCACGGAGAGCAGACAACUGAUGAGUCACUGUCAACGUCGACAUCAAUGUCCAUUCCGUCUAGAUAUCCAUCGAUAUCAGAGACGAUGGCUACCAAAAAGGAUGGCUCAAAGAAGACGGACUAUGGUUCAUUACCGCUUGAAGCUAGUGAACAGGACAGAAAACCACUUCUAGGACCUUCAAAGAAGAAUAUACCUGGGUUCAUCCAAGUUCGCCAUCAGAUGGCCAUACUGGUUUUCCUUGGGAUGACGGCCGUCUGCGCGAUGCGGCAAAACGUGAGCGUUGCCAUGGUGGCAAUGGUUAACGGGUCUUACGUCACAUAUGACGAGCCACUCGGGAACGAAAGUUUGGAAGGCGUGGAGACUUGCGCAGAAUCUCUAGCGGUGAACUCGACAACUGAACAGACGAGUUCUGGCGAGUUUCUGUGGGAUACACAAACACAAGAACUACUCCUCGCGGGCUUCUUUUACGGCUACAUCUUCACGCAAAUCCCCGGCGGCUGGCUUUCUGACAAGUUUGGUAUGAAAUGGGUCCUCGGGUUUGGAUUUCUGCUGUCAAGUGUAUGCACUCUCCUGGGGCCAGUAGCUGCUUAUGCUGGAACAGAGUGGUACUUUGUAACUAGGUUCUUCAGUGGACUGGGUGAGGUAAGGAAAGACAGACAAGAUUGA